GAUCAAUUAUGCGAAUCCAAGAUGGCCGUUCCCGGCGCACGUUACUUGUGCUACUUGUCAAACGUCUGGCUGCAAACGUCAAGAGACCACCCACCGAUUAAUGUGGUGAAUCCAGAAAUAAAAACUUUGAAAUAUUAUCGUAAUUAAUAGUACCGUGUGAAGUUCCCAAACGAUGGCGGAAGGCGAACAAAUGCUGGAGGGCUUCCUGUGUUCUAUUUGCAAGACAGAUUUGAAGACUCCGCAUCAACUAACCAAACAUUUUGAAGAAUAUCACAAUGAUAAUCCAGAAAUUCUGAAAACUCUCAAAGAACUGUACGGUAAAGCGAAGAAAAAAAUUUUAAAGCAUGAGGGAUCGUCGGAAGAAUUAGUAACACUCGACACAUCUUUGAAGUACCGUGAAUCCAGCCUAGACUUUUACUACAACGAUUGGGAACCUCAGGAAUUGGGUGAAACUAGAUCCUACACAAGAUACUUUACUGAUGUACGAAAUGUAAGACUGGAAAGAUAUUCCGCUGAAACUAAUAAACUUAUAAUAAGAUUGGACAAACUAUUAAAUGAAUUGCCAUCAGAUCCUAUCAGCAGAAGAGUCCAUGAGCAAUCCAUUGUUCCGUGGAUAGAUGACAAGUCUGUUAAACUUUGUCCAACUUGCGCUAGGAGUUUUCAUGUCGCUAGAAGAAAACAUCAUUGCAGACUAUGUGGAGCCGUUAUGUGCCACGAUUGCACAAUGUUUUUGGCAUUGGGAGAUGCAAGAAAUAUGGUGAAUCCGACCCUUGUACAAGAUGAUUCAGCAAUAUCUCCGACAUCGACCGAAUCCAGAAUUUCUGGCCGAUUUGUACGUGCCGGUAUAGGAUUAUCAAAGUUGGCUAGAUCCCCAUCUAGCGGAAGUUUAAACAGUAUUAUUUCAUUAGUUAAUGAUCCUUCUCGCAGUGAACAGCACUUCAGACUAUGCGUUCAUUGCGAAGAACUCCUCAGGUUUAGGGAGCAAUUGAAAGAGAGAAAAUUAUCAAAACCGAUCAUUUGCCAGUUUUAUGAAAAGAUGCGUUCAUAUAUAGACGAAGCAAACGAGCAUUCAGUGAUGUACAACAAGAUGUGCGAGUCUUUAAGAAAAGGGGAAACCACGUAUAAUCUUCAGGAUGCUCAAACGUUACGUGUUAAAAUAGCAAAGCUAGCAGAGAACAUAGACUUAAUCAGUAAGAGAAUCUCUAUUUUGGGAAUAAAGGACGUGGAUAAUCCCCCGAAAGGCCAAACUUUGAAGCUCCAGCAGAUGAUCAGAUCAGCAGCGACAACGUUUUUGAAAGAACACUUACUAAACUCCAAGCCCUUGCCUACAGAGGAGGAAUAUACAGCAUUCAAAGAAAGGCGUAGAAAAGCAAUUGAGGAUAGAAUCGAGCAUGAGAGACAAAUGGAGAUGGAGGAAUUGCAAAGAGAGAGACGGAGGGAACAACAAAACCGAGAAGCGCUCAUUAGCGAUUUUGUCAUAGUGUCAAGAAAUGAUCAGAUGAUACUGGACAAAUCACAAGGCUGGGGUCCAUCAAGCGCAACACCAAUACUCGCAUCAUCUAUGGAUCCGAUAAUAGAACAAAUGAACAAUCUUCGGGCGUAUAUAAAGCAAGCAAGGGACGCUCACAAGUAUGACGAAGUGGCUACUCUAGAAACCAAUUUGAGAGAACUGCAAAGUGCUUACUUUGCGAUGAAUCAAGGCAACAGUAGCGACAGCUAAAGGAUUUUAUUCACGUGAUAUUUUUUCCUUGGAAUUAUGUGAAGCUAAUCACGUCAACAUUCUAUCCAUCUAUCUUUGAAACCAAAGAACAAUACUCUUGAUUCGAAUAAUUUAAGAAAUUAAAGUAUAUAUGAUACAUCUGUAAGUGAUAGAUACCUUGUUUUUGCCUCAAAGCACUUCGUACUGAAAAACCAAUGCCGAAUUGCGUCUAUAAUCACGACAGAGUUCAAAUGUAGGAAUAAAUGAUUAUUAGCAAUCGUCAUUUAUAGUCAAGGAACUAAUAUUUCUUGUGCAUGUUUUCUAAGUCAGUUGUGUAGGUGUAUCGAUGCACUCUUGGCAAAAUUGAACUUAAGUUAAUGUCAAAGCAGUUCUGUAUUUCAAAGUGUUGACUUUACACCUGUGAAACAAGAUAUAAAUAUUGGGAAAAUAAGAUAUAUGUAUAUGUUGAACAUUAUACGAAGGUAUACAUUUUUAC